UUGCAACUUCAGUCUUCGACAAAUUUCAGUGUCGCAAAGAAUAUUCUCAAGAUAAUCAGCGACGAAUACGAAGAAAAUCGACGACUAAUAUGGAAUGGAUUCCAGGAGAUCUUAAGUUUACAAACUCCUAAUCGAAAGUAUGUUCUCCUGACUAUUUGUAAUACCGGCUCUUUGGCAACAUCCUCAUGGGGCACCGCCUUAGGAGUGAUACAGGCCUUGCAUCAAGCCGACCUUGUGGAGAUGGUAUAUGCUCUAGAAACUAGACCGUAUAAUCAGGGAAUUCGUCUGACCGCAUCUGAACUUCGUGAGGCCAGAAUACCGUUUAAGAUAAUUACUGAUAAUUCGGUGGCCUGGGUUAUGCAAAGGUCAAGAGUGGAUGCUAUACUUGUUGGUAAGUUCAAUUUAAUAAUUGUAAAAGUAUGGAAAUAUGUUGACGGUCAAUUCGGUAGAGUGCCAUUUUAUGCAGUGGUCCCCUUCACCACCGUGAAUCCAUCCAUACAAUCUGGAAAGGACAUCACAAUUGAAGAGAGACCAUCAGCUGAAAUGAUAUCGAUCAACGGAAAAUUCAUCGUGCCAGAGGAAACACCUGUCUGGAAUCCGGCUUUCGAUAUAACCCCUGCAGAACUGAUAAAGAAGAUCAUCACAGAUCGCGGCAACUUCGUCCCGAAUGACUUAAAAUAUGCCAUUGAAAAGUGA